AUGGCUUCUCGAUCAGGACAAUAUCAGCCGCGACAAUCGCAACAGUCGCAACAGUCGCAACAGCAGUUGCAGCGACCACAACAAUAUCCGCUGCAAUAUUCACAGCCGACGUCGGAACAGCACUAUAACGGACAAGCGAAGCCGCGCACCUACAGUAUUCAUUCUCAGAAGACCCAUCAAAGUAGCGGGAGCAAGCAUGAAUACCACGAGACGCACGAGGAAAAGGAGGCCAAGCGUUUGCAUAGCAAGGCCGAUCCCACUUUGGCCAUGAACGAAGCCGAACCAGCCAUGGUGGCUGCCAUGAAGCCUGAAACCACACAAAUUUCCCUUCGAUCGAUUCAGCACAAGGACCCUUGGGGAAAUCCUAUUGCGGACCCCGAUAAGUCGAACCCGACCAGAAACCGCUGGGAACGCCCGCUCGAUACCAUUCGAAGCUUUGAAGCAGCGAUCGAUGGUGGAUAUCAGCGCAAAUCCAUGUACCGAGCAGACUCGGCAACCUGGAAUAGGCGGAGCAGCUUCCAUCCUGCGAGUCAGCCGCGAUUUCCCCAAGACAGUUAUUACGGCAGUCGUCCCGUCUCAUUUCGAGGAGAUGGCCAAUAUGGUUUCCCGGCUCCGGCAAAUGCAAGGAACAGCCAUUACGACAAUCAAAAUGCGGGCGGCUAUUACAACGGUGCGUAUGACAGGGGAUAUGGCGGUCAUCAAGUACCCAGAGAACGCAGCCACAGGAUGAACUCGGAUUCACCACAUUAUCAAGUCUAUGGACGGGAGCAGGGUGUCUAUCCUGCGCCACACAAGGACAGGUCAUACGAGACUGUAACAUCUGCUGCACCUAGUGGUAACUCAGACCCCACCGGUUAUCAAACGGACCCUACGUCCAGCGACAACAGCUCGAUUGACAGGAUACCCCCUAGGCGUAAAGAGCCUAUGAAUGACUACGGCAUCGGGUUCAGCAACACACAUGCAUACGAAGCGCCGACUUUCUCCGUCGGUCAUCAGGCUAACAGCCACCCACUUCCUCCGCCGCCUCCACAUGGCAACAGUGCCCAAGUUGGUGCCCCGUCAGCCGUACCCAGAAGAGCAUCACUUUUGCGACGACAGUCAACGCAACAAGAUGGUAAUACAGACAAGAGGAAGAGCUGGUUUAGUCGUCGAUUUAGCAAGAAUAGCUAG